CCAAUAACUGCCACCUAUCAGUGCCAGUCAGUGCUGCCUAUCAGUGCCCAUCAGUGCCACCUAUCAGUGCAAAUCAGUGCCACUUAUCAGUGUCACCCAUCAGUGCUGCCAGUCAGUGCCCAGUGGUUGUGCCAGUCAGUGCUCAGCAGUGCCGCCUAUCCGUGCCACCUCAUUAGUGCUGCCUAUCAGUGCUGCCUAUCAGUUCCCAUCAGUGCUGCCUAUCAGUGCCACCUGUUAGUACCCAUCAGUGCUGCCUCAUCAACGCACAUCAGUGAAGGAGAAAUA